AAUGGUUAGAUGGCUAUAUGCUGGUCUAUCUCGCAUGUCAUCCGCUACUGGGCUCGGUGUGUACAGGGAUGCAUUUGAUCGGAUGUCUGAGGACCAGGUAUGGUGUGGGUAGUAUAACAUUAACUAUAAUAUGUAAAGAAAAUCUCCUAAUUUUGUAUCUUUAUGAAACAGAUUACAUGGAUGCCGUUUACACCUGAGAUGUUAGCAGAGUUGCCCCCAGCUGGACGAGAGCAUACUCACAUAUGGCGAGCACGUGUGCCGUUGAUAUGUUUUGACAUUGUUGAGCUUCAUUUGCCUGAUAGAGUCUUGCGACAGUUUGGGUUUGAGCAGGUGGUUCCACGGCCUAUCGACACUUAUGUUGAGCUGCAUAGGCUGGAUAGGCGUGGGAAGCAUACAGAGGAUUGGGCACUCAGACAUGUCCGAUAUGUGACUAUGUGGGAAAGGAGAGCUGAGCUAGUUGUGGCCGGGACACCGACAUAUGUGCCAUCUGUUUCAGGAGACUACAUGGGAUGGUAUUACAGCAUCACUCGUUUGUUUGUGUCUCCUUCGUUCAGACUCCCUACUCAUCAUUAUCAGCCUAGUUCCUUAGCUUUGCAUCUUACGACACGAGCUUUGCAGCGCAUACAUCAGCGGGCUACUGCCACAGUG